UCAUACGUGCUCCCAAAAUCAAUGAAUUAAGUACUCAACCACCAACCAUCAACUACCUUCAAAUACGCACACAGAUACUCCUUCCCCAUCUCUCUCCAUUUUGCCUCUCCUCGUAUCCUCCGCACGGCGCACUUUAGCCUUAACAAACCAACAGAAAUGGCAGUGCGCCACCCAGUAGCGGAAGCCAACGAAGAAAGCCCGUUCGGAACACUCUCGCCAGCGGAAUUCUACUCCCGCCAUCGCGUUACUCACUCCUCUGAGUACAUAACCAACUCGCGCGGUCUAAAGCUCUUCACUCAGUGGUGGACCCCCCUCCCGCCAACAGAAAUCAUUGGCUGUGUAGCCAUGGUCCAUGGUUACACUGGCGAGUCUAGCUGGUUUGUGCAAUUGACUUCUAUUCUGUUUGCUCAAUCUGGUUUCGCUGUUUGUGCUAUUGAUCAUCAAGGCCAUGGUUUCUCUGAUGGCCUUGAUGGUCUGAUCUACCAUAUCCCCGAUCUUAAUCCCGUCGUCGAUGACUGUAUCCAGUUCUUUAAUCGCUUUCGGGAAACUCAUGCUCCGAACUUACCUGCGUUUCUGUACGCGGAGUCUUUAGGUGGAGCUAUAGCUUUAUACAUCACGCUCCGGCAGAAAGGCAAGUGGGAUGGGCUGAUUUUGAAUGGUGCAAUGUGCGGUAUUAGCGAUAAGUUCAAGCCUCCGUGGCCUUUGGAGCAUCUGCUUUUCAUAGUCGCGGCGGUUAUGCCUACUUGGCGCGUGGUUCCAACUCGCGGAUCGUUACCUGAUUUAUCUUUUAAGGAGGAGUGGAAACGGAAGUUAGCGGUAUCGAGUCCGAGGAGGAUAGUUGCGAGGCCUCGCGCCGCAACGGCUCUUGAGCUGCUGAGGGUGUGCAGAGACCUGCAAGGGAAGUUUGAGGAGGUGGAAGUGCCGUUGUUGAUUGCACAUGGCGGUGAUGAUUUGGUAUGCGACCCUGCGUGCGUGGAAGAGCUGCACCGACGCGCCACCAGUAGAGAUAAAACGUUGAAAAUUUACCCCGGAAUGUGGCACCAGAUUGUUGGCGAGCCGGAAGAGAAUGUGAAUUUGGUGUUUGGGGAUAUGAUGGAGUGGCUAAAAAGCCGAGCUGAACGUGCAAGGAAGGGUGGGGAUGUUAUACUUGCUGCUGCGGAAGGUGGUGGCGCGUGAUUGUUGUGGUUUUAGUAAGGUUAGACUUAAUGUUUUAAAUGUAUGCGUUGGGUAGCAACAUUAUGGUAGCCACAAAAGGGAAGGUAAGUCACGGAAUAGAAGUUUAAAUGAUGAAAUUUAAAAAUAAAAUAAUAAAUAAAAAAGGAAAGUAGUUGUAUUCUCCUUAUUUGUAGAUUGAUGAAAGAAUAUAAUUUCUGAUCAAAACAACUAAUCGCUUUCUCCAAA